AUGGGGCGCACGAAGAACCCAAAUUAUGUUGGUGAUUUGCCUCCAGGACAACGCGAAGUCCUUGAUGGUUCGAACGACACUGACUCGCAUGUAAGUGACACAGAAGAAACUGUGUCGGACUCCAGCCAUUCAAAGGAUGAGACUAUGCCUGGGGAUGCUGGUGAGACUAUYCGUCGYGAUGUUGCGGAUYCURCUGAGACGUGGAAAAAUGAAUUGRUUGCGCUAAAGAGCCAGAUGGAAAAGAUGUUUUCCGAAAUGAAUAUGAAGAUUGAAGACCUUGGUACCAGAGUCAAAUCUAUUGAAUCAGCUCUGAAAUUGGAAAGAGAAGCAGAUGACUAUAACCGUGGGCUUGAUGAUUAUGAUAGAAAUGAAAAUAUCCAACAUGACGAAGUACAACCUGGUGCAACCACUGGUUCGACUGAGGCUGAGAAAGCUGGUGCAGCUGAGGUACAAUCUGGUGCAACUGAGGUACAACAUGGUGCAACUGAGGUACAACCUGAUGCAGAAGAGGUACAACCUGGUGCUGAAGGUCAAGAAGUGAAUGACAAUGAUGAAAGACAGGUACAACCUGAUGCGGCUUACGAAGUAUAA